CUUCAUUAUGGGUCGGCGAUCUAAACAGAAGUCCUGCUUCGCGUGCGCCGAGGCUAAACGGCGUUGCGACAAGCGCCAACCAUCCUGCUCCCGCUGCGUUGAGAAAGGAGUCGACUGUGCAUACCCGGCGGCAUCCGGUCCCGAGUGUCCACAAGCUAGGAUGACCGGCGCCGCUGCCAUCCCAGAUGUUGGGUUCGGCGACGCGUGGACUUCCCCAGUCAUGAAUAACACGUUCGGUCCGAUCCCUCAGGCGGAGGUCCCAUUAGACAACGUACUGUUUGACUCCGACUUCGCUACUAGUCUCAUCAGCAUUUCAUCAUUAUCAUCGGCACCAUCCUACGGCGCAUUUUCCAGUCAUCCCGCUGCCGCCGGCCAACUCAGCGCAUCGUUUGGAGACUUGAGCUGGUUUCUCCAACCCCAGGCUUGGACUGUACCUCCACCUUCGGUGUUCUCGAGCUUCCUCCGGGGCCUGGAGGACUGGCUCUUCCGCUUUGUACGCGACGGUCACAACCCCUUCAUUCACCGACAUCUCUAUUCUGGGACAGGCUUUCCGCAGUGUCUCCAAGAUGCCUACUCCGCAAUCGCGAUUUGGGCCGUUACAUCACCGGAAAACGAGCAUAUUGUUGACCAAAUAUCCUCCGACCUCGUCUCAAAGCUGCUCGAAUAUCAACAUACCGCCGGCCCCAUGGGCUUCAGUUUUAUCACCACCCGGGAACACCUGGUUCGCACGCAGUCUCUUUUGAUUCACCUGCUACUUGCUCUCUUCUCAGCCUCUAUAAACCGCCGAGCCAGGGCCGAGAGUCUCGUCAACAUACUGCGUGACUGGGCGAGCCAGCUUUGGCAGUCUGCAACCCAUGAUGCAACCCUCGCUCCACCCAUGCUAACCGUUCCCUCGAUAGCGGGAGAUACCAACGCCAGGGAUGUCGACCCUGUUCCAAGAUUGUAUCAAGCUUUUGUUCUCUCCGAAUCUAUUCGCCGCACCUGGCUACUAUGCAGUAUUGCCACUGGUGUCUAUGGCAGUCUAAAGGGCGGAUGGUCUGAGACGUGUGGAGGCGAUGUCCACAUCACAACUCACACGGAUUUAUGGGCCGCGCCGUCUUCGGCACGUUGGGAGGCCAUCGCACGUCAUACGGACCCACUAUUCAUCUAUAGCCUCCGUGGUCAGACAUUAGUCGAGCGCGGCGUUCGCGCUGCCCAGGUUGAUGAAUUUGCGCGGCAUCUGUUCACCCUUAUGUGGGGACUGGAGAAGGUUGAGACCUGGAUUGUUCGUACCGGCGAUGCAGUUUCGAUCACUUAUUGAGGUGCAGAGGGAAACCGCAUCGCUGGCUCUGAAGUGUCGGGAUACGAACGGAAGUGCUAUUCAGCGACCGGAACUUGCGGUGGCCAGAUUCUUCCAAUCCGUCUGUAACAAGCCAUGUUGCUGAGCGACCCUCCAGUAAUGUUUUGAAAGGGUAACAAAGCAUGGGGAAUUGUCGCCACCGACUCCGGGAAGUGAUGACAAGAUUGACUCUUCAGCUACUCCGAUAAGCGGCACCGUGGUGCCAUGGGCUGCCUCCAAGUGACGAAGAGAAAAGGCAUUGUUUGAUACUCUUACUGGUGGCAGACCCAUUAGCGCGGCAGUUAGAAGUCCUCAGGCCGUGUGUCAGGCCGUGCAGAUGCAUUCUAUAAAGCGCGGCAUGCUUACCGAUUUUACCCCCAUACUAGCUUAAUAGACUAGCUUAAACACUUGAUUACCAUAAAACUAAUUAAAGGACUUAAAG